AUGUCUGAUAUACCCAACUGUAGACCUUUUAGGACUGUCAUCCCAGUGAAAGUGUUUAACAACUUCAGUGGGGUUGGGAACCUUAGGAAGGUUCUUCAAGAAGGUUUUAGAAGUGACUGGGAUGGGGUUUGUGGGUCACGCAUGGAAAGGGAUGGUGGGAGAUGCGGGCAUCUUGAUGAGAAGAGGCGAACUGGGCUUAUAACUGAGCCUGUUGCUGCCGGCGGUGGGCCAAAGCAGCAGCGCCCAAAGCAGCGAGUGAUGCUGAUUAUUGGAUUUUGGCUCGUAUUGGAAACUGUCAUAGCAUGUGCAAUCUACAUUUACUACCUUCAGAGGCGUCGGAUGAAGCGAAGAUCACAACAACGUGGUCAAGACGAGCUAUUGCUUCGACACUAUCCAAACAACGACAAUAGUACCCCAGCUUCCAUUGAAGCAUUCCUACACAACUACUACUCCGGAAUGCCGACGAUCGAGAUUCUCCUAGAUUCUCCUACAAACAGCUGAAGAAAUACAACCAAAACUUCCCUCACAAGCUUGGCCAAGGCGGCUUCGGAUCCGUUUACAAGGCUAACCUCCCUAGAGGCCUAAUGGUGGCCGUCAAGCUUCUCGAUGAAACUGAACAAAGCGAGGCCCAGUUUGUCAAUGAGGUCCAGACCAUUGGCCUAAUCCACCACAACCAUCUAGUCCGGCUUUUGGGUUUUUGUUUCGAUAAGUCGAGAAGAGCUCUAGUGUAUGAAUUCAUGGCAAAUGGGUCCUUAGAUAGGUACAUCUACCAAAGUGACCACGGUUUGCCCGAUAAGCUGGGCUAGGCUCAGCUCCAUGAGAUUGCUGUCAGCACCGCGAGGGGGAUCGCCUUUCUCCAUGACGAAUGCCGGGUCAGGAUAUUGCACUGUGACAUCAAGCCUCACAAUAUCCUUCUCGACCAGAGGUUCACGCCCAAGGUGUCUGACUUCGGCCUAGCACAAGCACUGAAUAGGGAGAUUAGUCAUGCGUCGCUCACCCGUGGUAGAGGGACUCCGGGAUACGCACCACCAGAAAUGUGGUUGAUGAACCAUGGUCCGGUGACCAGCAAGUCGGAUGUUUAUAGUUAUGGGAUGUUGGUUUUGGAAAUGGUUGGGAAGAGGAGGAAUUUCAAAGAAGAAGCUAGCAGGGUGAGUGAGGCCUACUUUCCUGAGUGGGCUUACUUGCACUAUGUGGUGGAGGUUGGUGGUGAGUGGUCUAAACACAAUUCAGACCAAAGAAGAGAAGAUGAGAUCGUGAGGACGAUGGCACUGGUGGGCCUUUGGUGCAUACAAUUCGAACCCGCUCUGAGACCGACGAUGCGCAGGGUUAUAGAGAUGUUGGAGGGGAAUGUGGUGAUCGACGCUCCUCCAGCGCCAUUCGAUACAAGCGUGUCCAGGGUUGUUACUGGUGAGACCCACAUGAUCACGCUUUAAAUACCCGACUAUUUGUUUCCUCAAUCAAAGUGUAAGUUGGGUUGGAUGAGAUCUGGAGACCAUUCAUCUGGUUGGCUCUAUGGUGGAUUGGCUGCUGGGUACGCGGACAAAAUCACAUGGAUUGGAUAAUUGUAACUGACAAUUAGAGGGCUCUGGUCCACUGAAUAUUCAUCAUUACUUGGAAUUCUCCGUAACUAUUUAUUUGUAAUCUUUAACAUCUUAUUGGCCUUUAAGAUCGUCAGACCAGCGGGAAA